AUGAGCACAGCAGGCAAAGUUAUUAAAUGCAAGGCAGCAGUGCUGUGGGAAGCCAACAAACCAUUCAGUAUCGAGGAUGUGGAAGUUGCCCCACCAAAAGAACAUGAAGUGCGUGUAAAGAUCGUGGCCACUGGGAUCUGCCGCUCUGAUGACCAUGUGAUAACUGGUGCACUGGUUAUGCCUUUUCCAAUAAUUCUUGGGCAUGAAGCAGCUGGUGUUGUGGAGAGUGUUGGGCAGGGAGUGACUGCAGUCAAGCCAGGAGACAAGGUUAUUCCACUCUUUGUUCCACAGUGUGGGGAGUGCCAGAACUGCUUAAACACCAAGAGUAAUCUGUGCAGUAAAACUGAUCUUGGUACAAGCGGUGGAUUAAUGGCUGAUGGCACCACCAGAUUCACCUGUAAAGGAAAAGCAAUUCACCAUUUUCUUGGUACAAGUACCUUCACUGAAUACACAGUACUGCAUGAAUCUGCUGUGGCCAAAAUUGAUUCCGCUGCUCCUCUGGAAAAAGUUUGUCUAAUUGGCUGUGGAUUUUCAACUGGUUACGGGGCUGCUCUGCAGACUGCCAAGGUGGAACCAGGCUCCACCUGUGCCGUUUUUGGCCUCGGAGGAGUUGGCCUCUCCGUUAUCAUGGGCUGCAAGGUGGCCGGGGCUUCCCGCAUCAUUGCCGUGGACAUCAACAGUGACAAGUUUGCCAAGGCCAAGGAGCUGGGAGCCACCGACUGCAUCAACCCCAAAGAUUUCAAUAAGCCCAUCCACGAAGUGUUGACGGAAAUGACCAGCGGGGGUGUGGACUACUCCUUCGAGGUCAUCGGCCGUACGGAUACCAUGGCUGCAGCCUUGGCCUGUUGUCAGUAUAACUACGGAGUCAGUGUGAUUGUGGGAGUGCCCCCUGCAGCACAAAAGAUCACCUUUGAUCCCAUGCUCCUCUUCUCUGGUCGCAGCUGGAAAGGCUCCGUCUUUGGAGGCUGGAAGAGUAAAGAUGCAGUUCCCAAACUGGUUGCUGACUACAUGAAGAAAAAGUUUGUUCUGGAUCCACUAAUAACCCACACACUACCUUUCACAAAGAUCAAUGAAGGAUUUGAUCUUCUAAGGACAGGGAAGAGCAUCCGCAGUGUCCUGACAUUUUAG